UCCACAGUUGUGACGGUGACAGGUAAACAGUGGGAGGAACCUGGUUAACGGGAGUUUCGCCUGCAAACCCAGUUGUCCGUGUUCAACUUUUUUUUUUUUUUUUUCCACGCACGGUGACUGACCACGGCAACCCAGCGGGCACGUUACGUAAGCGUGCGGCGUCAACAGGCAUUUAAACAGCGAGGCUGCGAAGCUCCAAGCUGGAGAACUUUUCCUCUGCUUCUUACGCCAAGGAGACCAGCGUGUCUUCAUCCACACUCUGCACAGUUACUGCCACCCAGGCAUGUCUUCUUACAACAACACGGCGCGCUUCAGCGAGGCGAGGAGAGUGGCGAUUUUCGGAGGGACGCACGGAAACGAGAUGUCAGGCGUGACGCUCGUUAACCUGUGGACGAAGAACGGCGCCGAAAUACAGAGGAAGGCAGUCGAGGCCGUACCUUUUAUCACCAAUCCCAAGGCUGUGGAGAAGUGCACCAGAUAUGUAGACACGGAUCUGAACCGAGCCUUCACCCCAGAAAACCUAAGUGCCCCAGGUGGAAACAACCUGCCCUAUGAGGUGCUGAGAGCCCAGGAGAUCAACAGGAUAUUUGGUCCCAAAGGAAGCCCGGAGGCCUACGAUGUCAUCUUUGACCUUCACAACACGACAUCCAACAUGGGCUGCACUCUGAUUCUGGAAAGCUCCAAAGACUACUUCAAUCUGCAAAUGAUGAACUACAUAAAGAAAGCCAUGGCUCCAGCCAGUUGUCUUGUUCUGCUGAAUGAACAUCCUCUUCUGAAAUAUUCCACUUCACGCUCUGUUGCCAAGCACCCUGUUGGUUUGGAAGUGGGUCCUCAGCCUCAAGGUGUUUUAAGAAGCAACAUCUUUGAAGCCAUGCGAGUGAUACUGAAACAUGCUCUGGACUUUAUUGAACUCUUUAAUGAAGGUGUGGAGUUCCCUCCGUGUACAGUUGAAGUUUUCCGAGUCCUAGAGAGGAUCGACUACCCCCGAGAUGCCAAUGGAAACAUCAUAGCCAUGGUUCACCCCAACCUGCAGGACUGUGACUGGGAGCCGCUGAACCCUGGUGACCCAAUGUUCCAGACAUUUGAUGGAAAAACUAUCCACUACCAAGGCUCCGGGACGGUCUAUCCCACUUUUAUUAACGAGGCAGCCUAUUAUGAGAAACAACAGGCAUUUAUAACCACCAGGCGAGAAACCUUGGUAGCAAGUGCCAUCAAAAAAGCAUGAAGAACUGUUUCUUAAGGCUAACAGCAAUCAUGAUUAUGUAUUAGCCACAGGAGCAAACUGUAUCAAGAUUUUGCACUUUGCUCUGUUAGAAAAGCAGAAAUCCUGCAGACUAGAUACCAUCUUUUACAAACUGAUUUAGGUUUUUAUGCAUUCACUAUCGGAAAAUCACUUAACUAUGCAAAGAACAUUUGUGCAGGCACUGUGAAAGUCUUUGAUCUGAAGACUACUAUAUUAUUGUGAGAAGUAUUUAUGAUAUUGUACAUAUUUACAUUAAAUCAACUAGAUUUUUAUUAUAUUAAAGACUAGGCCUAAUCAUUGAUGGCUUCUCAAUCAUCCUAAACACUCCUUUUAAGUUUCCGACUACUGCUCAGGAAGGCUGUGUAGAGGAUCGUCACCUGCAAACUUUUGACUCAAACUGUAGAUGUUUGUCUUUUUCUGAAAAUAUAUUUGUAUCACGUGUAGGGGUGGGGGGUUGUUUUGUGGCCUUUGAUACUACCUACCUGUAACUCCGUUGGUUGCAUCUGUGGUGCUGUCCUUUUUUUGCCUUAACUGAGAUUUCAGAGACAGUUGUGCAACAAAUCUGGAGUAGAGUUUUGUAGAUUUUAUGUCUCGGUUAAAAGUUUCGAUUACAGUCUAAGUUCUCUUCCACAUAAACCAGGUGCAGUGUGAGAUGUGUUUUUAUAAUAUAUCUGUCUAUUUUGAUAUACUUGUAUUGUAAGUUUGCUUUCAAAGGGAUGCAUAGAACUUGUCGCAUCCUGGAAAGCAUAUUUACUUUUUAAUGUUUUCAUCUUUAUGUUGUCCCAAAGUGUCUCGCUGUGGUCUUAGACUUGAGCAAUAUAUCUGUUAGAAUCAUUUCUGUGAUUAGUGAAAUUCACUGUACUAGAAGUCCUGCGGAAAUGAUCCUAUCAAUAAAUGUUGUACUACAGUGUG